AUUCUUAAAACCUGGUGAUAGAAUGAGCAGGAGUCAAAGAGAGUUUUAUGAGCGUAUUAGAUUAGAAGAAAUGCAGAAAACAGCCAGCAGAUCACCCACUUAUAAAGACAAUGGAGCGCAUAAUGGUUUAAAACACGCACGCGGGACGGAUAAACGAACAUAUAUGCAGGUAAUAUUACACCAGCGCCUCAGCCGUUUGACAUUUUGAGUCGCGGCAGAUCCCGCAGUAGAGUCACCUCAGAUCACACUGACUGCCGCGGCUUCCAUUUUAACCUCAACACCGAGCGAGAGCGGCGGAACCUCACGUGUCCUGGGCUGUCUGUCUCACAUGACCCGAGUGUUUGUUCCCGUGAUCAGCGCUUCCAUCUCCGUCUGCGACGCCGAAUAUCACUCGAUAUUUUGACCCUGAUGGAUAUGCUCGAACAGAGUCUGGACAACGCAAGUCAAGAAAAGCAAGAAGAAGAGGAGGUUGUCCAGGCAUCCGACGACGGAGCAGGAGACGAGCAGGACUCCGUUGCCAUAGCCAGCGUUCAGCAGGCAGCAGCAUUUGGGGAACAAAAUAUACAGUACCAAUUCCGCACAGAGGGUGGUCAAGCUGUGAUCCAAAACCCUUAUAGUAAUGGAGGUAGCCCAGCAGGGGAGUCAGUGGGAGGAGAGACGCGCUUCGCUUACUUCCCAGCUGCUGCAGUGAGUGACAGCGCCGUGUCUGUGCAGGCCGCUGGCGACCCAACACUGGCGCAGGCAGGAGGUCAGUUUUAUGUGAUGAUGACCCCCUCUGAUGUCAUUCAGACCGGAGCUCAAAGAACACUUGCACCUCGCACACAGUCCUAUGCUACAGAUGAAAACGAGGUGCUGCAACAAGAAGGUUUAAACUGGAAAAUGGAUGGCCCUCGAACACCAAGAGAUGAAAGGAGAAGAGCACAACACAACGAAGUCGAGAGGCGGCGAAGAGACAAAAUCAACAACUGGAUCGUUACGCUCUCCAAAAUCAUCCCUGACUGCAGUAUGGACAGCACCAAAACCGGAGCAAGCAAAGGUGGGAUUCUAUCCAAGGCGUGUGACUACAUCCGUGAGCUGAGACAAAGCAACCAGCGGCUACAGGAGAGCCUGAAGGAAGUGGAGAGAAUACAGAUGGACAAUGAGCUGUGUCGGCAGCAGAUCGAGGAGCUGAAGAACGAGAACGCGCUACUGCGGGCGCAGCUUCAGCAGCACGGCAUCGAACUGGUCAGUGAGACCCCGCCUCAGUGAGAACCGUCCGGAGACACAUCAGAGGAGGCGAGAGACAAACCUGAAGAAACACUUUUUCUGAAGCGGACGCACCCUCCACUGGGUUCCCAGGUUGCAGCCCCCUCUGCUGGCUGGCCGUGGCUUCCUGUCGAGAAACCCCUCAGAAACUCUCGAGUGCUUUGUGGACACACAGUUAGAAGAACCCCUGCUGAACUCCUUUGUUUUUGUAUCGAUGUAGCCUCACUCUUGGACGAUGUUUGUUUUUGACGGUCCUCACACCCGACCCUUCUCGCUUUUGAGUUAAUUCAUUUGUCGUUUUUAGCCUCAUUAAUUUAUUAGUCUGUUCGCUGGUGAGAGUUUUGACGGAGACCAGUUACACUGAAAUGACUUCACUUGCUCUCAGAGCGCGAGAGAGAGAACGUGGGAGGAAAACUGCAGAUGAUCUCGGCCCAAAGACAAAACUUGCUUGAGUUGUGUGAGUAUGUGUUUUAUAUUUAGAAUGAGGAGAAUGACUUCAUGCCAUGUAGUAGAUAAUCAAUAACACGUGACCUUGAUGGCUGCCCUUAUUUUGUGUUCUUCCUCUGAGCUGUGCAAUCCAAGAGGCAGAAUGAGGUUGUUGUUGUUGUCAGCCUGAAGCUUGGACACGCUUAGCUUUGAGUACUAAGUCAGCCAGCGCUAACACACUUUUCUGCAGUGAAUCACACCAAAUAUAUGGCUUUAUAUUGGCCUCCAUGUCCAGCCAUGUCCACGGCGCCCUCUUGUGGUGAAUCAAGUUAGAUUCUGGGAUCUGUUACCCCGACCAGCUGGGACUGGUGAUUGCCUUUCCUCAAGAUGAUUUUGAUUAUUGUUUAGGUUUGGUAAAUGAUUUCGAAACGGCAUAACUUUAAUUUGAACACCAUUUUCUUGUCCUAUACAUUUUCAAUAUUUGGUGUCUUUUACCAGUUUUUGGUUUCCUUCCACAGCCCCAAAAUUCAUUGGUUUCCUGUUUAAUUUAAGACAUCGACUCAGCUUUAUUGUUCUGAUCUGACGGUCCUUUGUGUUGACAUACGUUUUUCCCUGAAUGGCUGUUUCCAGGUUUAUAUUUCCGUGACCUUUUGGCCCACAUGUUGGAGUGGUUGUUGGACUUCUUUUUAAAUCUCUAUUUUAAAAUCCUAACACUUCAAAUGCAGCUCCCAACAUGAAGUGAGCGCAGGCACCCUGCAGAGCAAGACUCCCCUGCCUUCCUCGUGGAGCACGACUCGAUCUACCCGCGUCCCUGGGACGGAGGAGAGACUCUGAUCUUGACGUCGCUCAGUCCAUGAAUGGACGACGGCUUUUUGAGGAAAUGAAAACGGAAGUUACUUCGGAACCACUUGCUGGAGAGUGUUGAGUGCUCAGGAUCCAGCCAAAUCAGAUGGACCAUCACUCUUUCAUGUCUCAGACUCCGCAAGUUAACAGCUUGGGCUUCUGCUGUUCUGCUAUUACUGCAAGAUUCAAGUUUGAUAUGCAAGUGUCUGAACCCUCCAACGGCUGCCAGCUAACGUCAUGGGUCUUUUGCUCUUCUGAACCUUUUUUUUCCCACGCUGCUGUGCGAUGAGGGCAGGCAAUGUUGAAGAAUGCACAGGAACUGGUUUGUGACAGUUGAAAUUUGAUUUUGGAAAAACAGAAAAAGCCUCGUUUUCUCUCUGUAGCUGCCUCACUGAUCUCAGGUUAGAUUGUUAAAGAUGUUUUCUCAGUAAAAUAUUGGAAAAUAAAGACUUUCACAGGAUCAUCUCAGUGCGUGGGCUGUUUGUGGAGCCAGCCUUGUCUGAGUGGAUUGUCAUCACAAGGUCUUUGUUUUUUGCAUCAUGCUCCAUCUCUCUUCACCUGAUAACCAGAAUCCAGCUCCACUGUGUCAUGGCUAUAUUGAAAGAUGUUUUCUUUUCAGUCUGUGACUGCACUUCUGAACCUACUUUCUUUUUUAAUUCAGUUCCAGUGGCGUCAGGUCAAUAGGGGGCGCUGGGGUGCUACAUCAAACCCCUUAGUUCACGCUAUAUGGUACUUCUAUUUACUUUUCAAAGGAGCACUUUAUUU